AUGCCGGCCAGUGUCUCCCACCGCACUCCUUCCCCUCCCCGGCCACCGCAGCCUGCGCUGUAUCAAAAUCUACCCUAUGCCACUCGAGAGGAAGUCUCGCAGCUGGCGAUGAGCGCCAGCAUCACUGGCAACCCGUUUGAAGACGUUAAAUUCUACGUGUUCUCCCGUCGAAGCGCCACUGGCCGGGUCGAUACCCCUCUCCCUCUCUAUGCCAACAGUGCCUUGAUCCGCAAGGUCUCUUCUCACUUCGACUACGUAUUGGCAGGUGGCUUUGGUGAAAGUGUCGUCACGACCUGGGACGACAUGUUCCCGGAAGACCGUCCAUCAUUUACUGAAGAGUACGACUACACGUCUGACAGCGACCUGGAAGACUUUCCGAGUGAUGAACUUGACUCAAGCGCAGAUUCACAAGAUGGCACCGUGGCCCAGGGUGAGGCACAGCCCGGCGUCUUGGGAUCACCCACAGAAGCCGAGGAGGUUGAAGAAAAACACCAAGCUGAUGUCAAAGGGAAGGCCGUCGGUAACACGAUCUCCUCCUUCACGGGCAGGAAGGGUCGUGUCGUGUUCAUUCAGGAUAUUGCAUACCGAACAUGGCUUGCGUUCGUAUUCUACGCAUAUUUUGGCAAGGCUUCCUUUGCGCCGCUCAAAUCUCAAAAUCAAGCCGUAGAUACUCCCAAGACUCCGUUGGAACCCCCUCAAUGCUCACCCAAAUCGAUGUACCGGAUUGCAGAGAAGUACAAUGCAACCGAUCUCAGAAGGCUGGCUAUCGAAAGCAUCAAGUCGAGGCUUUCUAUGGACAAUAUCUUGGUGGAGCUAUUCUCAUCGUUCACGUUGUUCCAUCCCGAGAUACUCGCAUUCGAGGUUGAAUACUUGAGCGAGCACCUCACAAACCCCGAGAUUGUGUCUCAAUUGCCACAGUGGCUCCGGCUCAUGGAGAGCGGAGAUCUUCCGAUGGGGGCAGCAGAUGCCUUCGCUGCUGUUGUAAAGGGGUUGCCUCCAAAACCCGCCGCACCCAUCACCCCGAUUUGCAGGCGUUGUCCCUAUUCCAGACCGAUGCGCUACUAUUGCAAUGGAUGUGGGAGCUACAGUGGUUGA